AUGUCGAACACUGAAUAUCUUAUUCACAGCGACCAACUUGGUGAUGAACCAACUGUCCGACCAUCAUCUGCCUCUGUUUUUCAACCACAACCUGUUUAUUAUUCAAAUAAUGCAGGAAAUCAUUCAUCAUUUAAUUCACUUCCUCCUCCAAACCAUUAUCCUAAUCCUCAACAAACUAAUUCAACUCCUUUCAACCCAAGUGUUACAAAUUUCAAGAAUUGGAAACUUGCAUGUGGUAUUACUUCUAUUAUCAUUACAGUAAUGGGUGGAUUGUUGUCUGUUCAUCACUUUAUUGCCAUGAUUGUUUGGUAUGCUAAACAAGUACCAUUAUUUGGUACAUCUAAUUUAUUCUUAAUUCCAAUGGAUAUUUGUAUUCUCUUAAUUGGAGUUUGUGGAAUUAUUGGAGUUUUUAAACAAAACGAAACUGCUGCUAAAUUUCAUGCAUUUGGAGUUACAUUUGGAUCAAUUUUUGUCUUUUUCACAUUCUUUAUCUUUUCCUUACCAAGUUUCUUUGCAGGUUCUGCUUCCUCUCAAUUAUAUUACGAUGGAAUUAUUUCACUUUUAUUUUACAUGAUCGAUAUUCCAGUUGGAAUUAUUGGAUCAAUUGUUGGGCAUAUGUAUUUGAAAGUUCUUCAGUUAGUUCAAGUGAAGAAACAACAAUUGGAUGCUGUUCAAUAUCCAUCUGCAUCUAAUGUUGGUAUUUCUGGUACUACUUCUGCUCAUGUCACUCCAAAUGGUUUCUAAAUUUGUAAAAUUAAAUAUUAAAAUAAUUAAAUUUUUUUAUU